AUGCCAGCUACCAGUGGAGCAUUUGUUGAUCCACGGAAAAGGCAACCUCGAUGUCAAUUGCACAAGAGGCCAAACUCAAAACAUCGACAACGUCAAAGACUUCACUUUCGACAAGGUGAUCAUGAAGGGAAAAGCACUAGAAUCCCUCGGGCACCCAAGCUUGAGGCUUUCAGAUAUCUCAGCCCACAGGCACAAAGGUGCGGUGAUGCCUUCUUUCAAUUCAAGACUAUCUUCAAUCUGACUCUUGAAACGAAGUCUUUCAAGAUAUUGUGUUUGAGCUUCCCAAAUAUGCCAGAGUCUCUUGUACAAUGCGACUCAUCGAGCAUAUCGGGCAAAAUAAAGGAGCACACCAUUAGUCAAAAUGAAUCACUGAAAUAUGUUCAAUCGGAAGAAUUCAUCAUGAAAUUAUCGAAAUCCUUGGUGUCUCUGUCCUUAACAGGCGAUUUCUUGAACAUCGAAUCUAUUAUCAAUCUCGCGGUCAACAACCUCAAAAAUCUGAGCGGAUUUGGUAUCUCGGUCCCAAAUCCUAAUAGAAUCUCCACUUACAAUACGCUCAAACUCGAACACUCUACGCGUCUCGAAAUCUUUUCACAUCAGGAUGGCGGAGCUCCGGUAGACACGAGUGCUUGGGGUGAAAUGAGAGUUUGGAACUUGCAAACUUGGCUUGGGAUUUGUCCUGAUUCCUUAUCAUUUUCCCCUAUUUGCUUUCACCCCGCUCCCUUGUGUGAACGUAAUCAUCGGUUGGUGUACGCCUCUCACUCUCAAAAACCUCAACACGAUACUAUUUUCAGAAAUAGAAAUUGCCACGAAGUUGGAACAUCUUUUAAGUGGCAGUUCGCUCCUUUACACUUCACUUUCCAGCUUUUGGCUCUCUUCUUAUCUAUUCCUAAUUAG